CUGCCUGAAAAACCAGGGUGAAAGGCAGACCUAUUUAAACUUGAUUGAACAGUGAACAUCAGUUCUUUCUAGCUACACAGGAAAACGAGUCUGUACAGUUGAUCACUUUCUAAAAAUCUCUUGACCUACUCUGAAGUUAACCACUAUCAUCAAAAUGUUUUGUGGAGACUAUGUGCAAGGAACCAUCUUCCCGGCUCCCAAUUUCGAUCCCAUAAUGGAUGCCCAAAUGCUAGGGGGAGCACUCCAAGGAUUUGGCUGUGACAAAGACAUGCUGAUCAACAUUCUAACUCAACGCUGUAACUCACAAAGGCUGAUGAUUGCAGAAGCAUACCAGAGCAUGUAUGGCCGGGACCUGAUUGGGGACUUGAAGGAAAAGCUUUCCGAUCACUUCAAAGAUGUUAUGGUUGGCCUCCUGUACUCACCACCAUCUUACGAUGCUCACGAACUCUGGCAUGCCAUGAAGGGAGUUGGCACCAAAGAGAAUUGCCUCAUUGAUAUAUUAGCUUCAAGAACAAAUGGAGAAAUUUUCCAAAUGCGAGAAGCCUACUGUAUGCAAUACAGCAGUAACCUCCAAGAAGACAUUUAUUCAGAGACCUCAGGACACUUCAGAGAUACUCUCAUGAACUUGGUCCAGGGAAGCAGAGAGGAAGGAUAUACAGACCCUGCUAUGGCUGCUCAGGAUGCAAUGGUCCUGUGGGAAGCCUGUCAGCAGAAGACAGGGGAGCACAAAACCAUGCUACAAAUGAUCCUGUGCAACAAGAGUUACCAACAGCUAUGGCUGGUUUUCCAGGAAUUUCAAAAUAUUUCUGGGCAAGACAUAGUAGAUGCCAUUAAUGAAUGUUACGAUGGAUACUUCCAAGAGCUGCUAGUUGCAAUUGUUCUCUGUGUUCGAGACAAGCCAGCCUAUUUUGCUUAUAGACUGUAUAGUGCAAUCCAUGACUUUGGUUUCCACAAUAAAACUGUGAUCAGGACUGUAAUUGCCAGAAGUGAAAUAGACUUGAUGACCAUAAGGAAACGAUACAAAGAAAGAUAUGGAAAAUCCCUAUUUCAUGACAUCAAAAACUUUGCCUCGGGGCACUAUGAGAGAGCUCUGCUCGCCAUCUGCGCCGGAGACGCGGAAGACUACUAAAGCAAGGGAGGCUUUGACGCCUGUGCGCCCACCUUGCAGGCCUGUCUCAUAGAGACUUCUGGCAUGAGUUUGCAUUGUUAGCAGCAUUAUAACAAACUAUAAAAUCAUAUUUCCUCUCUGUCUUUAAAAUUAUUCUGAGCCAAAGAAAAUAUUGAUAAAUUUACGUGAGAUUGAAUUUUUACUUAUUAUCUACAUCAAUGAUUUAUUAAAUUGUGUAUAAUGGCAUAAUAAAAAAAUUACUGCAGUGAA